GGCAGCGGGAGGCCGCUGAGGACGGAAGAGCUGGUUUCUCAGGACACACUGACUGUAAUGAUGAGCCAGAGUUGAUGCCAAAAACUCCAUCACAGAAAAAUCGUCGCAGGAAGAAGCAUAUUUCUCUUGUUCAGGAUGAGAAUGAAGAUCCAACCAGGAAGAGGUUGUCUAGGAGGAGAAAUAGUAGUAUUAAGCCACGAUCUUCUAAGCGAUAUUCCCAAAGACUCCAAAACAAAGACGACCUGGGAAAAAUCUGUGCUGCAGUGGAAGAGGCCUCCCUACAUGAACAAGUGACAAGAUCUGAGGCUACAGCACCUGCUAAAUGCUCUGAGGCAUUUCCUGAGAAAUCAGCUCUCAAGGAAAUAGAGGAGAGAUUCCCCUUUGUAGAGAUCAGUGUCAACGAUCGCAGUAGUGCUGAGUUACAUCUACAGGGGAAUGUGCCAGAGACAGCAGAUGAGGUCUCCAGAAUCAUCUGCCUGAGCUCAAAUGAUGAGUCUCCCCCAAAAAAUGGAAUGGUAGAAAACCAGUCAGUACUUGAAGCCUCUGUGCUUGUGGUCUCUCAGACCCCAGAAGCAAAUGGGGCAAGAGGAAGCCGGGGUGCAUCUAAGCUGAAAAUAGCAAAUAUACUCACUACCAAAGCCACCAUAAAUGAGGAGCCUAAGGAGGUUGAUGGCUGUGCUCUGGGACCACAGGAUAAACAGACUCCUGGAAAGGAGCUUUCCCAGGAUUUAAAAGACAAUGCAGGGACCCCUACGGGCUCCCGAUCAAGCCGAUGCUCUGUGCGCCGUAGUCUGAUGGGUAAGACUUCCCUCACCCGCAGAACAUCAUUGGCAGAGAAGUACUCGUUAGCCAGCAAAAGGGAAAGUAUGAUCCGGAAAUCUGUCAGAAAUUCUUCUAAGAAGAAAAUUCGGAAGUCAUCUCAAGUCUCCAACAAUGUGAACUGUUACAGCUCCAUAGUGACCCUUGUAGGUGAAGAAAAAACAAUCAAAAAUGGGUCUGUGCAGGAAUCUAGCACCUCAAAGCAGGAUCCUCGGGGCCCCAGGAUGUCCCUUCGUACUCGGAAUGCCAAAAAAAUAGCAAUCAGCAACCUUGCCUCUCAGCAGCAGCAACAGGAAGAGAGUAGCAAAGAGUGCAAUUCAAAUGAGAGUGGUGAGACCCUGGAACCUCCCCAGAGUGUGAGGAGAAAACCAAGUUAUAAGAAAGCUGUGGAUCAGCUGUAUGAUGGGCAGCAGGCAGAAGAAGGUGGGCUCUCCCCUCCAAGAAAAAAGACUCCAUCUCCUCCCUGCCCAGCCAGCAAGGUUGUGCGUCCUUUCAAGACCUUUUUGCACACUGUGCAAAAGAACCAGCUGCUCAUGACGCCAAGCUCUGUGGGGCGAAAUAAUGUUGUGAAAUCUUUCAUUAAACACAACACUCCACUCCGAACUGAUCCCAAGGGCAGUUUUGUUGAGAAGGAGCGGCAGCGCCUAGAAAGUUUGAGGAAAAAGCAGGAUGCUGAGCAGCAAAGAAAACAGAAACUGGAAGAAGAAAAGAGAAGACGCCUAGAGGAAAUGAAACUGAAGCGGGAGGAACGUCUUCGCAAGGUGCUUCAGGCUCGGGAACGUGUUGAGCAGAUAGAAGAAGAAAAGAAACGGCGCAUUGAGCAGAAACUUGCUCAAGUUGAUGAGAAAACUGAGAAGGUGCGGGAGGAGAGAUUGGCAGAAGAGAAGAUAAAGAAGAGAGUAGCUGCCAAGAAAAUGGAAGAAGCUGAAGCUCGGCGCAAACAAGAUGAGGAUGCCCGAAAAUUGAAAGCACUGCAGCUGGAGGAGGAGGAGCGCCGACACAAGGAACUAAUGCAGAAAAGGAAGGAGGAGGAGCAAGAACGAGUGAGGAAGAUCGCAGAGCAGAGACAAGCAGAGCAAGAGAGGGAGAGGCAGCUGGCUGCAGAGAGAGAGCUUGAGAAGAAGAAGGAACAGGAGAGGAUCCAGGCAGAGAGGGAACGUGAGCGGCAAGAGAAGGAGAAAAUCCUUCGCCAGCAGAAGGAACUAAUGGCAGCUAGGGAGAAGGAGCGGCUCCGACAAGAGAUGGAGGAAAAGAAGAAACGGCAGGAGGAGCAGCGUCUAGCAGAGCUGGAACAGCAGGAACAAGAAAGAAGAAAACUGCAAGAGGAGCAGGAGAAGAAAGCCAAGUUGGUAGAAUCUACUGCUGGCAGUAAACAGCUAAAUGUAACAGUGGAUGUGGAGAAUUCCUCUCUCUGCAACUCCUAUCAGAUGACCCCCCAAGGCCUGAAAGGGCCCAAGCCCCCAAAGAUCAAUCCAUCAAACAACUAUGGGAUGGAUCUGAACAGCGAUGACUCCACAGAUGAUGAGAGCCAGCCUCGCAAGCCCAUUCCUGCCUGGGCCAAUGGGUCUCAGCUUAGUCAAGCUGUCAUCCACCAAUACUACAACCCUCUCAAUACGGACAUGCUCUUUGGGACUAUCAUCAGCCCGAAGCUGGAGGACAUUUUCUAUAAGAGCAAGCCGCGAUACUUCAAGCGCACCAGCUCUGCUGUCUGGAAUUCCCCACCUUUUGGAGGUGCCAAAAAUGUGCUGGGCCUGCCAUACAGCCUGAAAAAGUACUGAUCCUGGGGAACGUCAGUCUCCUGUGGAAUAGCCAUGGCUUUAGUCUGAUUUUUUUAUUUCUGUGUAAGAAAACCUGUUUUGUUUUGGGGGUUUGUUUUUUUUUGUACCCCUAAUACUCAAUCUCUGUAAAUCUUUUAAUGAAUUAGACCUUAGCACUGAAUAAAAAUCUGGGGCUUUUGCACUGUGUUCUUGACAGGAUGUUUUUUCUGUAAUGAAGACGGAAUACGGAGGGUGGCAGAGGGAAGCAAAAGAACAGGAAAUACUCGCUGUGGCACAUGCCUCUCCUUUUGUCAUUAGAUUGAAAUCUUGUAUUUGUGAAAUCUCUAGUCUGAUAUUUGUCAUCAUGAUGUGCCAUCUGUACUAUGCCCUGUGGAACAAGCACUCAUAGCCAUAAAUAUCACCAGGGUGUUAGUGAGAUGCAUACUAAAUAGCUCAUCCUGCAUUGGUGUUGUAUUUAGGAAAUCUUAAACUUGGUCCCAAUGACUAGUCAAAUCCACCAUUCCAUUUAAGCCCACUAGCCUUAGUGUGUGAACAUAACUAAACUGUAGGAAGCAUCCAUAGGUGGGUUUAGUGUUGUUGUCAUAGACUUCUUUCUGUAAAGAUACCGUUUGAUGGUAUGAGUGAAAUUUAUUUUGUUGGGGAUGUGAACGGUUGGCUCAAGUUGUACUAAUGGUAUUAUUCACUUAUAAAUCCUCAAUGCUCCCUGGAGAUGUACUGUUUGUUAGUUUCCUACUACUGGAAAUAGGGGAAAUUAAAAAAAGAUUAUAUGGAACUGUUAUUUUUGCCUUUGCAUAGUGGCACAUGCUUCUUACCUUUCCAUUUCUUCAGGAGUCUCGGAUGAAUAUUUCCUUCCCUAAUAUACAGAAGGAGCUAAGGGAUAAUUGAGAUUGCAUGGAUUUUUAUACUCUUGGAUGUUGCUGCUGAGAUAAUCUACGGGUGACAUUUUCAAAGGACAAAUUACCGACAAGUAAUGUUACCUCAUGUAUAUAGCCGAACACUUUUAUUUCAACUUUUAACAAUACAUUUGAUCUCAAUGUGUAAAUUCUCUUUUGUUGCUCAAGAAAAGGUGGCAGUUUGUUUGUUUGUUUGUUUUUGUCCAUUUUUGUUUAUCUUUUAUUUUUAAUUAAUUUGUCCAUUAUUCUGCUCCCCAUUUCUGAGAGUUCUGUACCUAAAUCGCUUUCCAAGUUUUUAAUGUAUGUAGCUUUGGAGAAUACGUAAUUUCAAUUGAAGCAUAAAUACCCUUAGCUGAAGAAAAAUCAAGAGUGGCCUUUUAAUCACAAUUGGAGAACAACUAAAAUAGUUUUUCAUGUUAGAUUGUGUUGAAAAACUUUAGCUGCAUAUACUGAAAUUUGUUACACAUGUUUUCCAAUAUUAUGUUCGUUGCAUCAAAAGAAAUACAGGCAGUCCUCAGACUUACAACACAGUUGGUUCCUGAAAACUGUGUCUUAAGUCGAAACGUUGUAAGUUGGAAACAAUUUUUCCAUAGGGAAAGUGUUACAAAUGGGGGAUCGGUUCCUUUAAGACGGUCAAUACUGUGUGCAGCUGCUAAGUGGUG